AUGAGCCAAUCUUCUUGUGUAAGAUCUCUACGUGCGCCUCCAAAGCACACUACCAAGCAGAUCUGGCGACCGGCCUUCAAGGCCUUGGUCGAGCGAGCUGUCAUCCACCUGCUACCACAGCUGCAGCUCGAGCAGAGGCUGCCCCGGGAGCAGCAGCCUGCCGGAGACGCCGGUGUGGCCGUCAAGGUGUUGGACGCCAAGAAGCACAAGCUAGCAUUCUUGGUUACUAGAGGGGACAAACUUGUAUCUCUGUUUACCAUUAUUGUGCUGAAGGUGGAAGUGGAUAGGAUGACGGAUGUGCCACACCUUCAAGGAGUUGGAGAAGGACACUCAAGUGGUAGAAAGCGAAAGAGAAUGCCUCGAGCAACCAGUGCUCCACUAGUAGAAGUAGUUGAAGGAGUAGACCUCAAUAACAAUGCUCCGGAAGUUGAACAAAUUCAGUCAAGCAAUGCAGUACAACCAAAUGAUGAUAAUGAGCUUCUUGGUGAUGGAGAGAACAACCAGGGCAUUGGUGAUGGCGAGGAUCAGAACAUGGGUGACGGUUCGGAGGAUCGGGACUUCGGUGAUGGUUGGGAGAAUGAGGACUUUGGAGAUGGUUGGGAGGAUGAGAUGGAUGAAGAUAGGGCUGGAUGUGUUGAUGGUCGAAUUGAACCAACAAUGAUUCGCAAAAGUGUUAAGUUCAUAGAAGGAUCUACAUCACGGAAGCAAAAAUUUGAAGAGAUCAUUCAGCUGCUAGGUAUAGAAUAUGAUACGCGCCCUAACCUUGAUACACCUACCCGGUGGAAUGCUACAUAUCUUAUGCUUAACUGUUGCUUGCAAUUGAAGAGAGCUUUCGAGUCACUUGCACAACAAGAUCAGGAGUAUACCCAUGCACCAUCGGUUGAAGAGUGGGAAAAUGCACGAAUGGUUUGCGUAUUCCUGAAAACUUUCUAUGAUGCAACCAUGGUCAUCUCGGGAUCUCAUUAUCCAACAGCAAAUCUAUAUUUUCAUGAGAUCUGGGAAGUUAAGGUUGCCAUGGAUAAUCCCCAGGUGAAUGAUGACCUCCUUGAGACAAUCCAGUAUAUGCAGAGGAAAUUUAAAAGAUACUGGAAAUUGACAUGGUUGCAAAUUUCAUUUCCAGUCAUUUUUGAUCCAAGGUUUAAGCUUGCAUUCAUUGACUUCCGUCUAAAACAAGUAUUUGGGAGUGCAGCUGAGGCAAAGAUUGCUACAUUGAAGAAAGUUUUGCUCGAACUGUUCAAGGAUUAUUCUCAAGUGAGUACUGGCAGUCAAGAUUUGAUGGAACAACAAAUUCCUGCACCUCUAAUUACAAAUGCAAGUGGUAGGUACGCUGAUUGGGAUCAGCACAUGAACCAAAGUGUGCCCUCAACAAGUGAAGUACCAUCUGAACUUGAAGCUUAUUUAACAAAGCCUCCAAUCCCUCGAAGUGAAACUUUUGACAUACUCACUUGGUGGAAGAGUAACUUAGUUGAGUAUCCCACUCUUUCUCGUAUGGCUCAUGAUGUCUUAGUUGUUCCUGCAUCGACAGUUGCAUCUGAGUCAGCUUUCAGUACAGGAAGAAGAAUAAUAUCAGAUUUUCGAAGCCGGUUAACUCCAAAAACUGUGGAAGCACUGAUAUGUUUGCAAGAUUGGAUGCGGGCCUCAGGUUCGUCAAAAUUCUGCAUGGAAGGGAUUGAGGAUUUUGUCGAGGUACCUAAUCCAGAAGAAUGACAUGCUUAAAUUACUAAUUUCUAAAAUAUUUUUCUGGUCAUCAUGGGGUCCAAAUGCAUUGGAUUGUUCCAUGAACCUGUUGCUGUUGAUCACUCCUUUAUUUAUGGUCUGUUCAUCUGGUAGUUGUAUUGUUUAUUUAUAGUCUUCUUAUCAAGACCAUUAGGCACACCUUGAUUCAGACCGCAUUUAGAAGAAAGAGGAAGAACAUGUGUGAAUAAAUAAGCAGUGUCAUACAUUCAAGACCGCAAUUUUUGAGUAAAAGUAUCUGAACUAAUUUACCAGAACAUAGCAUCUAGUAUUUGGGGUAAAAGUAUCUGAACUAGAACAUAACAUCUAGUAUUUGGGUCUGCAAUUUUUUCUCAGUUGUUUUCUGUUCAUUUUAACUCAAUCAUGCUAUAAUCUUUCAGACUUUUGGCUUGGAUUUCUGUAGCAGAUCUGGUAGUUCUUAUAAUGAGCGUCCAAAGCAGAAGCUCAAGACUCCAAAUGUGGUGAAGCCAGUAGCAUGUCUCACUGAGAGGGUUCUGAUUGUUGGACGAUGAUGAAUUAGCACUCGUGUGUUCUUUUCUGAAUGUUAAAUGCAAUUCCAAUCCUUGGAUGGUAUGAGAUUAUACAGUUUCUUCUGUACAAGUUAUAUCAUAAUUAACAUCUUGUAAGAAAGCUCUUUUGUUCCAAGGUAAAAAUGUUAGCAAAAUAUAUUUAUUGCUGA